GAAGAACUUCUUCGAAACAUGAUGGGCCUCUUGGGUAACGUAGCGGAAGUAAAAGAUCUACGUUACUAUUUGAUGACUCCAGAAUAUGUUUCGGUGUUUUCUGACCUCUUAGAUUCAUAUAGCGACGGAAUUGAGGUGAGUUAUAACGCAGCAGGAGUGCUUUCGCAUAUGGCUUCUGAUGGACCCGAGGUUUGGACUAUUACAUAUCCAACUCGUGAAAUGGUACUUCGACGUAUGGUAGUGGCUAUUGAAAGGUGGGAUCUCGGUUCCCAACGAAAUAUCAACUACAGGUCUUUUGAACCCAUCUUACACUUGGUGAAAGUUUAUGAUACGCCUGAAUGUCAACACUGGGCUGUUUGGGCUUUGGCCAACCUCACUAAAGUGUAUCGUAAGUAAAACAUAAGAAAAGCAGUGAAGGGGAAUGUGAUGUAUUUUUUUGUAUUUGCGUCUAUUUAAUGUGACUUUUCAUUUUUUUUAUAUAUUUUAAUAGCAAGAAUUAUUUUCAUAUUAAUUCCUUAGCAGUAUUUGUAAUACUUUCACUCUUUAAAUUAUAAAGAAAUAGUAUAUUACCUACCAAGGGAAAGAAGUGGGCUAUCACAGACAAGUGAUUGCCCAAUUCACACAUGGUCUGUAAUAGCCCACUUACUUCCCGAAGUGCGUAUACUAUUUCUUGUCACAUUUGUGCAGAAAGUUCGUCACUUCAGCUAUUUAUUUAUUUGAUUAAGGAUCCAUGUUAGUUGACAAUUGUCAAACCAAUCAGCCGUUAGAGUACAAUGCUGCCAC